GCUCAAGAUUGAUCACUACAGCACGAUGGCCCAGCAACCUCGCCCCUCGGUUCGCGACAUCGUGCCUUUCACAGGGGCCCAUGGGACGCUCCGAGAGGGGCUCAAGGGAUGCAUUGCAAGCGGUGACUACUCGGACAAGCCCAUCGAGGAUAUCGUGCAGUCGUUAGGCAUGGAGGCCGAUGAUGGGCAUCGCAUCAGCGCAGCUGGCAGCUCCGACGACCACGAGCGCGUUCAGCAACUACCUCGGCCAUCUCAUACGAUUGAUCUCACGGAAGACAGCUUGCCUACGAAUACCUACGUGGAGCAGCCUAACACCAUUCCAGGAUCCCCUGACGAGGAUCGCCAGAUGGAACCACAUGAAGCUGAGGAGAAGCGGCGACGCGCUGAGCAGCGCAAACGGCAGUGGGAUGCCGUCGAUGCCGCAGCCAUCGAUGUGACGCCCGUCUUGGGGCAGCAGCCAGCCGAGGUCGAGGCAACACAGCAGGAGGAGGCGCAGGAGACGGCCAACGAGGAGGCAGCCGAUGCCGAGGCCGAGCCAAGCAAGGAGUUCGAAGAGGCGGCGGAUAAGGCAUCCGAGGCCACGGAUGAUGAGGAGGGCAAGGUGGUUUCGCAGUCGCAACCUGAAGCUGAGGAGUGUACUUCGGCGGCUUGGACUUCGGCGUCGCAAGCUGAGGUGGAGGGGCGUGCCGAGGAGAAGGAUCAUGAGAAUGAGCUCGAGGAUGCAGGUUCUGCGACGGCAGCGGUGGCUGGAGCACACAAUGCGUACGUGGAGAAGCUCGAAGAUGCUGCGCGGGCAGGAGAGGCAUACCUGGCGACACUGGUGGCACCAGGCUCCAGCCAAGCCUUCCACGACGCCCGCGCUGGCGGCUUCGAAGGCGCCUUCACCGUCGAGCUGCGCCCCCUCGUCAUCAGCUACGGCUACGUCAACUCGCUUGGCUCCUGCGCCCUCGACGGCAACUCCACCGACUCCUUCUCGGGCAUCUCCCACGGCGAACACUGCGUCUGCCCCAGCGAAGGCUAA